AUCAAUUCUACUCCGGAAAUGACAAGGUACCCCUAUCGCCAUGUCCUUAGAAAGAAAAACACGAGAAAAUGAACUUUAUGGGAUAUGUUAAUGACACUAUUUUAGAAGACGAGGAUUUGAAUGUGACUGUCCAAGACGUCAAAUUCCUCGAGUCACUUUCAACCCGAUAUUACUCAGCCCAUGCGUAUGUGGCAGUCAAUUACACUGACGGGGACAUUUGUUUGUCCACGAAUGUUCCUCGGCACGUUAUGGUCUACUAUGUUUGUUUUGAUCAAUUUGAACCGUCAAUAAUUUCUAUAUCUGAGGUCAGUACGUGCGUCUAUCAAAUUGCGAUUGGAUUACAAACACUUUGUUCUUAUGAGAGGAAAGUUCGAAAUUCUCAGCAACGGAAUAUAAUUUCGUGUUACCAAGAUGAGUUGCCCAAAAAUGAUAAUUUAAAAAUCCCCGCACCAAAUGAAAUGACGGUCUCCGAACUGACGGAAUUGAUAGAAACGAGUCUCAAUUUAACUGUGGGUCCAUUUUGUAGUCUUGAUCUUUGCAUCCGCGAAAGCGUCCUGCUGACGAAUACGAGCUCAGGAUUGCUCUUAAGUUCCUUAAAUUUUUGUCAACACGUUUCCAAAGAAUGGACCAAUAAUGAUAUGGAUAAAUCUACAUAUUUAUUCUUGCUGGAAAAUAAAGCAAGUGGUCAUUUUUGGCGACCAACUCGAUGUUUUUUUCAGUAUACAGAAAAAAUGUUCAGCUACCAAAAUGCGACUGUGUCGGAUACGAUGAGCCAUAUUCACACAGAAGAAAUCGGUUUGAAUAUGAUACGUAUUUUGUUUAAACACCAAAAAUUUUCUUUCUAG